AAUCUUCUACGGAAACGGAGUUGGUAGCUUGAGCUGCUAUAUAAUACGGACUGCUUCGUCAACGGCCUUUAUCUGACAUCCUGAAUCCAUCCCAAAAAUGGCCGACAAACUAGAGAGAUUGGACUACUAUUGUCCACCACAACCACCAACAUCCAUCCAUCGCAACCGGUUUAUACGAGGAAUCAUCGCCGUGGUCGGCAUCUUCGUCAUCCUGUGGCUGACACAGGAACGAGCAAUUCAACCAUUGACCUCGCUUUUGUAUAAGCCAAGCGGUGCUGCCAAAGUACUGUCCAAAACCCCACUCAUCGAUGGCCACAACGACAUGCUCAUCCUCAUCCGCACCAAAUACAACAACCACAUCAACAGCGGCAACUUCUCGCGCGACCUCAUUGAAGGCGGAAUGCCCGGUCAAUUCGACAUCCCGCGCGCCAAAGCAGGGCAAAUGGGAGGCGCAUUCUGGUCUGCAUGGGUUCCAUGCCCUGCCGACGGCUUCGACUUCUCCGACAAGAACUACGCCGAGUCAGUCAGAAUCACGCUGGAGCAAAUCGACUUGUUCAGCCGCAUAUCGCAAAAGUACCCCAAGUACUUCACCCUCGCACACAACGCCAAAGAGGCCGAAGAGGCGUUCAAAGCCGGCAGACUCAUCUCCCCUAUCAUCAUCGAAGGCUUGCACCAGAUUGGCAACUCCCUGGCUACUCUGCGCUUGUAUCACCUCCUUGGCGUGCGAUAUGCAACUCUCAACUGGAACUGCCACACCAAGUACUCAGACGCCGCGGUGGUGAGCAUCGAUGGUAAAACGCAAGCCUCCAAACCAUACCACGGCGGCGUGAGCGAAGCCGGCCGAGACUUGAUUCUGGAGAUGAAUCGGCUGGGCAUGAUGGUCGAUCUCAGCCAUGUGUCCGUCGACACCAUGCGCGAUGUUCUCGGGGGAAGUCCCGAAAAAGGCUGGAAGGGGAGCAUUGCGCCACCUAUUUUCAGCCAUUCCAGCGCCAAGGCCAUUUGUCCGCACCCGCGCAAUGUUCCCGACGAUAUCCUGCAGCUUGUCAAAAAGAGGAACUCCCUUGUCAUGGUCAACUUCGCCCCGGACUUUGUGAGCUGUAAAGCCAACGAUUCUCCGCUGGGAAUUCCGACCUUCGUGGAAGAGACAAACACUCUCGACCACGUUGUCAAGCACAUUAUGCACAUUGGCGAGCUCAUCGGAUACGAUCACGUCGGCAUAGGGAGCGAUUUCGACGGCAUCCCCAACACGCCUAGAGGACUGGAAGACGUCUCCAAGUUCCCUGAUCUCUUCGACGCACUGCUGGCCAAGGGCGUCAGUGAGAAGGACGCAGGCAAAGUUGCUGGCAGAAACCUUUUGCGGGUCUGGCAUGAGGUGGAUAAAGUGGCGGCACGACUACAGAAAGAGAUGGAUCCCGUGGAGGAUGAUCUGUCUCGCUUGGCUGCCCUGGACGAGAUUGAACUGGAGGAUGCCUCCGUCACGGGUACCACUUAGCCAGUUGCAUUCAUCCAUGCUGAUCUGUAUAGACGCAGGUGAACUAAGUCCCAGAGUCCCUCCCAAUCAUCUUUCCUG